AUGGAUUCAAAGCUGAAGUCAGUUCGUGCUGGACACAAAGGAGCCGUCACGAAGCUUCUGGUGAAAUUCGACGAGUUAAAGUCAAAAACAAACACAGAAGUUGACGAAGUGAAAGCCCUUGAUGAUGCUGUCACGCAGAAACAGAAAACAUUGAUUGACCUGAAUAACAGACUUUUGGAACAGACAUCGGAGGAAAAUAUGGAGCAGGAAAUCACCGACUCAGAUGAGUAUAUGUACGAACUUGAUUGCAAAAUUAGACAAAUUCGGAAAUUCAUUAAGUCCUUUGAAACAAAUAUAAUUUCGCAAGAUACUGUUGGUCCUUCAACGAGCAUACUUAACCCUGACGCAUAUAAUUUCACACCCGAAGCUAGAGUUAAUAUGAACACAUGUGCUAUAGAUUCUAUGAACCAGCAGUAUUCAAUUCACGCCCCUGCAGUGCAUACCCGUCCGUCAGAGAAUGUCAUGUUUCAAGUCCAGUCAGAACCGAGAUCUUCAAAAUCUAAUUACCAUAGGCUUCCAAAGUUAGACUUACCCUAUUUUAAUGGAGAUAUUAUCAAGUGGCAGACAUUUUGGGAUUGUUUCGAGUCAUCGAUACACGACAACGACACAUUAACGCCAAUCCAAAAGUUUAAUUAUCUGAAAGCCCAGCUGGAGAGAAGCGCCGCGCAAACAGUAGAGGGAUUCGCUUUGACAAAUGGUAACUACGAAACACAGUCGACCUUCUCAGAGAUCGGUUCGGACAGCCUAGCAAACUGA